UGAGCAUUAGAUCUGCUACUGCGGCCGGUGCGCGUGUGUUGUUGUUUCCUUCGUGUCGUUUCGAUUCUCUCUUCACUUUCUCUCUCUAGUUUCUCUCUCUACCUUCACUCUCACUCACUCUGCAAAUUUUCCAAAAUCUAGCUACCAUUACCUUCAAUUUGAUCUCAAAAAUGGUGGAUCCGACUGGAAAAGGAUCAGAUGCGGAAGACGGAAACCCUAACUCCGCCGCCGCCGCCGCUUCUUCCGGUAGCGAGCAGAAGAAAACCUGCGCCGAUUGCGGCACCUCCAAGACUCCUCUCUGGAGAGGUGGACCUGCAGGACCCAAGUCGCUAUGCAAUGCUUGCGGGAUCAGGAGCAGGAAGAAGAAGAGAGCGAUUUUGGGGAUAAGCAAAGGGAACAGCAACAACAAUAACAGCAACAAUGAAGAUGGAAUCAAGAAGGGGAAACGGAGCAAACUAGGCGGCGAUCGCUCGAGCUUGAAGCAGAAGCUAUUGGCGUUAGGGAGGGAGGUUUUGAUGCAGCGAUCGCAUUGGAAGAAAUUGGGGGAAGAAGAACAAGCUGCAGUGCUUUUAAUGUCACUCUCUUAUGGAUCAGUUUAUGCUUAACAUUAUCAACAAUAACAAGAGGCUAGAACAAUUAGAAUUUGUUUCAUCCAAUCCAAUCUAGCAGUAACCCUUUUCUUUUCUAAGUGUAUAUUUGUUAGCUUUUUUUCUUCUACUACUACUGAUUGUUGCUAUGGGAAGAAGUGAGUGAGUGAGUGUGUUGUAAGAAAUCAUUCAAAUUUCUAAGUCCAAUUUUGGUAAUAUAGUUCUCUCUAUUUCUCA